GAGAAGGCAACCAAGGUAAAGAGUGGAUGCCGAACUUGCAAGACUCGGAAAGUGAAGUGUGACGAGGGAAGACCGGCCUGUGCGAGAUGCCUGUCGAGUGGCCGGGUUUGUCAGGGUUAUGGAAUUUGGGGAGGAGGGAACACCUCCCUCGAUCUUGUUCGUUCCGGCCCAAUCAAGCAUGUACUCAGCACCAUUACCCCAGAGAGUAAGGAUGAGCUUUGCUGUCUGGAAUGGUUUCGGGGUCGGACCGCCGUGAAGUUACAGGGGCCGUUUGGAUCCUCCUUCUGGGGCUCGCUGGUUAUCCGAGCAAGCUUGGAAGAGCCGUCCAUCUUCUGCGCCAUGCAAGCCCUCAGAUCUGUUCACAAGAGAGUCACCGUUGGCGUGGCUGGAUUGGGGUCGGAGGGGGAUCCUGACCGACUGGAACAAUUCACUCUGCGCCAAUAUAGCAAGGCCAUAAACCACCUCCUUCAGCCUCAAUUCGUUUCCGGGGAUAAGGCGUCGCUUCGUGUCGCUCUUAUCUCCUGCAUGUUAUUA